GGAGCACCGCCCCCGCCACGUGCCCCCUGGCCAUCCCGAGCCAUGCGGGCCCUUUAAGGGCCGGGGGCGUGUAACGGACCCGCCCCUUCCCCGCCGCGUUGGCCUGCCUGUUAAAGGGGCAGCGCCCUCGGCGCUCGCCUAGCGCAAUCCUAAGCAGAGGGCGCGGGACCUGGCCGCGGGCUGGCGGGCGGGGAGGCGAGAGCGUGCGUUCGAGCAGUGCGCGGGGCGGCCCCUCCGCACCAUGUACACCAUCACCAAGGGGCCCAGCAAGCUGGUCGCGCAGCGCCGCACAGGGCCCACGCAGCAGCAAGUGGAGAGCAGGCUCGGCGAGCUCCUGAAAUGCCGGCAGCCCGCGCCGCCCACUUCGCCACUCCCGCCGGCGCAGCCACCAGGACCCUGGCCCCUGUCGAGCCUGCAACUUUCCUGGAGCUUGCAGUCUUGCGGCGGGAUGCGGGGUGGAGGUGUGGCAGUUCCCUUCUCGGCCGAGGAGGAAGUCCGAGCGGCGGUGGGGCACCUGAGCCCAGGAUUGCGAGCAGGCGAGUGCCUGGCGGAGUGGCACGUGCAGCCCAGGACUCCCGGCUCCCACCUCCUGCUUCCGGGGCCAAGGCUUGUGUUCAAUCGGGUGAAUGGCCGGCGGCCCCCCACCACAUCCCCAUCCAUCGAGGGGACCCAGGAGACCUACACGCUGGCCCACGAGGAGAAUGUCCGCUUUGUGUCCGAAGCCUGGCAACAAGUGGAGCAGCAGCUGGGUGGUGGCCCAGCCGGUGAGAGCGGUCCGAGGCCUGUGCAGUACGUGGAGAGGACCCCGAACCCCCGACUGCAGAACUUUGUGCCCAUCGACCUGGACGAGUGGUGGGCGCAGCAGUUCCUGGCCAGAAUCACUAAUUGCUCAUAGCUGCUGCCUCAGAAGGAAUGCUGCCUCCACAGGGCCUAGCCCUGCCCCGUGGCGGACCUUCUGCUAGGAGAGGACCAUGGCACCCUGUAUGUGCUGCGGCAGGCUGUGCUUCACCCUGGGCCUGGCUGGAUGCCAGCCACACCUGAAGUGCCAGCGUUUGGACUUUUGCACCUGUUGACACCUUGGCCCAGCUGUCCCAGGCUGUCAGGGGCCAGGGGCUGACCGUGUCUGACCUCAAUCUUGCUCACUGUGCCCAGGGACCAGCCCCUGGGGCUGGCAGGGCAGAACUCCAGCCGAAUAAAGUUGAGAAACUGCC